AUGUUUUUGGUAAUUUUUGUGUUUUUGUUAGUUGUGUUUUUUAAGAUUCUUCCGUCUUAUUCCAACUGGCUGUCAAACAAAAUAAGUCGAGAAAUCUUUAAACUCACUGAUGAGGAAUUGAAUUUACGAGCCCAGGCCAAGGAUUUGAAAACUGAACAAGAAUCAGUCAGCAUGGCAGACGAAUUCGCUAAAUAUAUGAAGCUUCAAAGGAGGAUCGAUAAAAAUUUAGCUGAAAUAAAAGCGUUAGGGAACCCAAGACAGCAGAAUAUAAAUUACGUUAAACUUGGGGUGAAGAUUGGGAUAAACGUGUUACACGCGAUAACGAUGUUAUCCAUAGUGAUAUAUUACAGAGCGGAACCUUUAGUUAACUUCCCAUCAGACUGGUUUAUACCUUUUAGUAGACUGGUUGCCAUGCCUACAGGAAUAUCAGGAGGCGUUGGAAUCGGGUGUUGGGUGCUAAUUUGUAACACUGCUCUACAUAGAGUGAAGCAGAUGUCGUAUUUGUUAGAGGGAUGA